AUGGUAUAUAGCGGUAAGCCCAGUACUGGCUGUUACCUCUGUCGUCGACGGAAAAUCAAGUGCGACGAAGCGCGCCCCGGAUGCCGCAAUUGCGAAAUAUACGGCAAGACAUGUCCCGGUUAUCGACCGCCGAUUGUGCUUCAGGAUAAAUCGUAUACGUCGCGGAAAUGGCGGUCGUCUUUAACAACCGGUAGCGCGCAGCAGCAGCAUGUCAAAGACGAAGGAGGCGACGCUUUUAAUAAUAGAGAAGACGAGGAUGGACUGGCGGUGAUUCCCAAACCGCGCUGGCUGGCAGACGCCAGCAUGGACGAUCGCGCGCUGUGCUAUUUCUUUGAUCAGUAUACCACGCAACGAACACCGGACUCACUGCCGGGAGCUUUAGAGUCGAUUCCGCUGUUAUAUGUGCUAUGCCGCGAAAACGAGGUAGCAGGCAACCCGUCGUCCUGUCUGCGCUGGGCCGUCGAGGCAGCCGCUCUAACUUCGUAUGCAAACGAGGCGCACGACCGCCAUCUCUCUCUCAAGGCACGACAACGAUACGGCCUAGCCCUGAACGGACUGAAAGAAGCGCUCUCAACGCCCGUGGAGAAAGUGCAGGAUAGCACGCUAGCGACGAUAUUGCUGCUCGUCAUAUUUGAGGAUAUUAAUGGCGAGAGAGCCCAACUCGAGAGUUCGCAUACGGCGGGACUAGAGUUGGUGGCGCGGUUGCAUACGUAUAGGAGGUUGGAUGGGAAGUAUAGUCGGUGUUUGUUUAAUUUUGCGUAUACGCAGUUGCAAAUUCAAAUCCUAGGGUUGGGUGCACAACCAAAGAUUGAUCUCCAUUUCCUAAUCGAUCUUUUCGACCAAUCCGACCCUCUUCAGAGUCUAAUGGGCAUCGUCACAAAACUAAGCCAAUUCGUCCUCGACGUCCCCGCACUACUGAGUGACGGCAACCCGCAAUACAACAUCGCAGAUCUAAGUCUCGAGGAUCUAAGGAACGGAUUAUCACGCGCACAAUCGCUGGACGAGGAAUUGUGCCUCUGGUGCCGAUGUGUGCCCGAUCAAUGGCUUCCGCGGGUUGUGUAUUCGACCACAGGUGAAGCGCUGAUUACUUGUGUGAGUGUAUCGGCCGCUACGCUGUGGAAUUUCUAUCGAUGUUCGCGGAUUAUUGUGCAGACGAUUAUAGAUAAUAUAUACACGAGGAUGGAGGUGGUGAAUGAGGGUGGUUUUACGACUUAUCCUGCCGACAUCAUCGACAACGCUAGCCUCGCAAACACCCCAAUUUAUAAUAACGGCACAUCAACAUCGCCAUCCUCCUCUUCCUCCAUCCUGUCGCAAAGCACACCCUACGAAAUUGUGCAAAACAUGAUCGUCGACAUCUGCCGGAGCAUGCCCUAUUCUCUGGGAGACGUCGAUUCCAGCGGCAACCCUUAUCCUCAUAAUGAACACGCAAACAACAACACAAGAGUCAAAGCAAUCGAAGGCUACGAACUGCUCUGGCCGUUCUGGCACGUGCUGACGUCGCACUUCUCAACGCCCAAACAGAGAAUGCUGGCGCGCGAGGCGCUGUACCGGUUGGAUGCGAUGGGGAUCAAGUUGGCGUCGAAGAUGGCGGAGGUUGUUGAUGUGCAGCAGCCGCAGCAACCACCACAACCACAACCACAACCAACAGCCUCGUUUACUUAUGUGUAA